UGUUGAUUUUGUUUCACCAACUUCCUAUGAUACUAGCUGUUACACAAAGCCUCUAAGAUGCAGCGGAUAAAAAAACUCACAAUAGCCCUUCUUUUAGCCUGACCAAACAGAUAACAAAACUAAUCCUCUCCUCUUGUCUUCCCAUUAGGCCGUUCCCUUCCAAUCCCCGCUCUCCAAAACUCCAAACUCUCACGCUAAUCCCAGAGUCUCCCAUGGCAAUUUCAGCCUCGGCCACGGCCUCCACCACCUCUAAAGUAGCUUACCCUCAUCCUCAUGCCUCCCCUUCCUCUUUCCUUACAAAACCCACUAAGCUAACUCCCAAAACCCUUCUUUCCUCUUCCUUCAUUUCCCCCUUCCUCUCUACCACCUCCUCCCCUUCAGCUUCCACUACCAUCACUACCUGCCGCCGCUCCUUCACCGUCCGUGCCGCCCGAGGGAAAUUCGAAAGAAAGAAACCCCACGUCAACAUCGGAACUAUCGGCCACGUCGACCAUGGGAAGACCACUCUUACAGCUGCCCUCACCAUGGCUUUAGCCGCUACUGGCAACAGCGCACCCAAGAAAUACGAUGAAAUUGACGCCGCUCCAGAGGAACGCGCCCGUGGUAUUACCAUCAAUACGGCCACUGUCGAGUACGAGACUGAGUCGCGCCACUAUGCCCACGUGGACUGCCCUGGUCACGCCGAUUAUGUGAAAAAUAUGAUUACUGGUGCUGCUCAGAUGGACGGCGCAAUCCUUGUCGUCUCCGGCGCCGACGGUCCCAUGCCCCAAACCAAGGAGCACAUCUUGCUGGCAAAACAAGUUGGAGUUCCCAACAUGGUUGUUUUUCUGAACAAACAGGACCAGGUUGAUGACGAGGAGCUUUUGCAACUGGUGGAAUUGGAGGUGCGUGAGUUAUUGUCUUCUUAUGAGUUUCCUGGUGAUGACAUACCCAUCAUUUCUGGCUCCGCGCUUUUGGCUUUGGAGGCUUUGAUGGCUAAUCCUAAUAUUAAGCGCGGGGAUGAUCAAUGGGUCGAUAAGAUUUAUGAACUCAUGGAUUCUGUGGAUAGCUACAUUCCAAUUCCCCAAAGGCAGACUGAUUUACCAUUUUUACUUGCUAUUGAAGAUGUGUUUUCAAUUACUGGUCGUGGUACUGUGGCCACAGGCAGGGUUGAAAGAGGGACUGUUAAGGUGGGUGAGACCGUAGAUAUUGUGGGUUUGAAGGAUACUAGGAAUACUACUGUGACAGGAGUUGAAAUGUUUCAAAAGAUUUUGGACGAGGCCUUGGCUGGUGAUAAUGUGGGAUUGUUGUUGAGAGGUGUCCAAAAGGCUGAUAUUCAGAGAGGAAUGGUUUUGGCUAAACCCGGCACAAUUACUCCGCAUACUAAGUUCUCUGCUAUUGUUUAUGUGUUGAAGAAGGAAGAGGGCGGUAGGCAUUCACCAUUUUUCUCUGGUUAUAGACCUCAAUUUUACAUGAGGACCACUGAUGUGACUGGCAGAGUUGCCUCCAUUAUGAAUGAUAAGGAUGAGGAGUCAAAGAUGGUUAUGCCCGGUGAUCGUGUGAAGAUGGUUGUGGAGCUUAUUGUGCCUGUGGCUUGUGAACAAGGGAUGAGGUUUGCUAUCAGAGAAGGAGGGAAGACAGUUGGAGCUGGUGUUAUUCAGUCCAUCAUUGAGUAGAUACUUUAGAAGAAAAUGCGCUUGGCUUUUUGAAUGGUGUUGAACUUCACCUCAGAUUUGUGCAUUUAGUUUCACCAUUUCAGCAAAACUUUUCAAAGCCACUGUCAUAUAUUUUGCAGUUUUGUUAUUUUUUUUUUAUUUUUGCACUUUUUGACGUUUAGCCUAGUUGGAUUAUAUUCUUCUGAUAAUUUCAAUGUGACUUCUUUAUCCAAUGUUGCCUGUGUUUGGUCGCUUCUCAUUGCUAAACUUCAGCAACUUUGAAUAACAUGUAUUAAGAAGAUAUUGUGGUA